AUGCCGGUCAUGGAGAAGCUGCGGAAGAAGAUGAAGCAGGCCCGGAAGGAGUUAAGCCGGACAGGGAAGGUGGCCGAUCUGCUGGUUCGGGUUGCCAAGAAGGUGCUCCCGGAGAACAGUGAACUCACCUUCUGGAGCUUCUCCAAGCAGCUGCAGAUGAUGUGCAGCAAGUACCUGGGGCUGAGCUCCGGAGGCAAGGCUGCCAGACCCCAGUGCGGCCCCGAGGAGGAGCAGCAGGUCCAGCAGGAGAGCAGCGAUGCCCCAGCAGGCCCACGGGACGAGAUCCCUGUGCCCCAGGAGCGCCUGUCCAUGGAGUGGCAGUGGGUGCUCCCAAUCGGCGCGGGACUGGAGAACCUCGGGAACACAUGUUUCCUUAACUCCACCGUGCAGUGCCUCACGUACACCCCACCGCUCACUAACUACCUGCUUUCCAAGGAGCACUGCUGCACCUGUGACCAAGGCAGCUUCUGCAUGAUACGUAUCAUGCAGAACCACGUGGCUCAGGCUUUUGCCAACAGUGGGAGCGUGAUAGAGCCAAUGGACUUUGUCCAAAACCUCAAAAAGAUCGCUGGGCACAUGUGCUUUGGUCAGCAGGAGGACGCGCAUGAAUUCCUGCGUUACACCAUUGCCGCUAUGCAGGAGUCCUGCCUGAGUGGCUGCGCCAGGUUGGAUUGUGAGACCCAGGCAACGACAUUGGUCCACCGGAUCUUUGGUGGCUCCCUGCGAUCCCGUGUGGAGUGUGCUGCGUGCAGUCGCAUCUCGGACACGUACGAGCCUUUCCUGGACCUGGCACUGGAGAUCUGGGAAGCCCGAGACCUACGGGAUGUGCUGCAGCUGUUUGUUAAGCCCGACCUGCUGGGUGGGGAGAACUCCUACCUGUGCACAGGAUGCAACAACAGAGUGUCAGCAACAAAACGCUUCAGCAUCGACCAAGCCUCCAAUGUUCUCACAAUCUCACUGAAGCGGUUCUCCUUCUAUGAGGAGGAGAAAAUCACAAAGGCAGUGCCGUACCCCGAGUUCCUCAACAUCCGCCCGUACAUGUCAGAGAACAAGGGGGAUCCUGUAAUGUAUGGGCUCUAUGCAGUGCUGGUACACUCUGGGUCCAGUUGCCAAGAGGGGCACUACUACUGCUAUGUGAAGGCCAGCAAUGGGCAGUGGUACAAGAUGGAUGACGACAUGGUCAGCUGCAGUAACAUCAAAGUAGUGCUGAACCAGCAGGCCUACCUACUCUUCUAUGUGAGACUCACUGGCCCAGGGAAGAGCUUGGACAGUCCCAUUGCCACAGCUGUCUCCAAGCUGACUGGCUCCGAGGACACUGUCUCCAAAGAGGCAAAGAGAAUUGUGAGCCACAGGCCCCUGUUCCCAUCACUGGUGAGUCCUGGAGGCUGCUCUUGGGCAGUGCUCAACAGGGAGGAGCCCAGUCCGGUCACCACUGGCUCCUUCGCAAAGAAGAGGCAGCACGAGGCAGGCAGCAGCCUCGGUGCUCCAGCGCUCGAGGAGGAGGUCUCUGUCCCAUUCAAGAAGAAGAAGAAGGGACUUUUCACUGAGGAGGCCUCAGCGUCCGUGGUGGGGCUGGAGGCAGCAGGUCCCAGCCGUGAUGGGGAGGCGCUGGACUUGCAGGCCCUGAAGAGCUGGCACCUGCCAUCCAUCCUAUCCAGAAAGAGGAUUGGCUGCUCUGCAGACAGGUGGAGGGGGCAAAGUUUUACCUCCAGCUCCUCCCUGCUCAGGACAGGCACCUCGGGAGCAGACAGCCAGGCUGGAGCGGGGCACAGUCAGUGCCCUGCUGCCCAAAGGCCUGCACGUGACCGUGGGACUGGCACAGCACCAACAACGCAGCUGGAGCCCACCACUGGCUCCUUCGCUAAGAAGAGGCGGCACGAGGCAGGCAGCAGCCUCAGUGCUCCAGCGGUCGAAGAGGAGAUCUCUGUCCCACCCAAGAAGAAGCAGAGACUUCCCUUGCUGCAGGGGCCACAGAGUCCCGGAAGGGUCCCGAGGAAGCAGGUCCCAGCCGUGACGGGGAGGCGCCCAAAAUAA